AUGCCACUACCAGACGAACCGUCGGCAACUGAGCUCGAUAUUAUGCAUCUCCAGGCAGGAAGAUAUUCUGAUGAAUCAUUUCCUGUUUCGAACUUGGAGGCUGUAGAGAACCAACGGCCGCCAGGAAAUAUAUCAGAUCAACCAGUGCCCAUAGUGAGGCAUGAGAGAGUCCCCAGUCAUGGACAUGCGCCUGGGAAGUCGCAAGCGUCUGGACUCGAUCGUAAAUUGAGAAGUAUACACAUCUUCUUUCUUUCGGUAAGCACCUGCAUUGGCUUGGGCUUCUACGUACGAACCGGAAACAUGGACGGUUUCGGGGGGCCUGGCGCCGCAAUCUAUGCCUACGCCCUCCUUGGAAUAUUGUCAUCAAUGGUCCUGCACAAUAUAGCUACGAUGUUACGUGUAUGGCCGGUUGCGGGGGCACUUCUGCUUUAUGUUAAACAUUUUCUGGAUGAAGAGAUUGGCAUUGUCAUUACUAUCGUCUAUUGGUUGACUUACUGCUUCUCCGCCUCAGCAUUGGCAGCAACUGUGGCUGAUCUGUUGGCUAUUUUCUAUCUGUCGAACGGAGCAACAGUUGCGAUCAUGAUAUUUGUCACUGCGAUUCCAAUCGCGCUGAAUUCUUUGAGUUUGAAUAGAUUUCGAGAUAUCGAGAUUGGCUUGGGUGCGUUUAAGCUUGUUGUUGCACUUGUUAUCAUCAUAGCUAUGAAUGUUACCAAUUCAGAGCAAAGCUUAAAUGACAACGAAAAUUCACUACCCGGCGGAUUUAAUCUGACAGCUAAUCAUCUUCAAGCACGAGAAAAUCUGUUUCUCGGCGGUCGUCCUCAUCAAACUGCUGGCUGGUUCGGUGGCUUCAUGUCUUCGAUUUUUCUAGGAUCGUUUUCACUCGUGGGCAUUGAAGUUAUUGCAGUUACUGCCCAGGAAACCGUGGUUUAUGAACAGCGAAACUCCGAAUUGACAUCUCGGACACAUUGGACGGUGACAGAUCAAUUCUCGUGGCCUGCAAGAUGGGUUCCAGGCGUUGUUACUGGGCUAUACAUAUGGGGUGCCUGGGCAGUCACAGCGAAUAUUCCAUCUACCGACCUACCGCAGUUCUAUCCCAGCAAUAAUCUGACCGGAUUUACAGUCGGUCCAUGUCAAGCUUCAAUAUUUAUUGAUGCAGCUUGUCAAAAUGGCCAGGGAAAUGCGCUGGCCAAAGCAUUGACCGUCUUACUCAUGAUCAGUUUAACUUUUACGGCAACUGCUGCAUUCUAUGCUUCCUCGAGAACUCUAUAUGGUUUUGCUAGCGACAUGAUACAGAGUAGACAGGUUCAGCCAACAUCAUUCCUCGGUACUAUAUUUGGCUUUUGCGCUAGCAAGAACAAACAUGGCGUGCCGCAAAAUGCGGUACUUGUCUCUGCCUGGCUGUUUUGGGUGCCUUUCCUCAAAUUCACAAACGCCGAAUCAUUCUCCCAGGCAGCCACUGUACUUACAGACAUGGGCUCCGUUUGCUGCAUUCUGGUGUGGGCGUGUGAAUGUUUCGCAGCUAUGAGACUAUAUUCUAGUUACAAACAUCACAAAAGCAAAGUCGAGCUUGUCGGAGAUUCCACUGAUAGUGAGCCAAUGCAGAGACAUCUUCUUGUAGAAGACAAUGGCUGGUAUAUCCGCAAUAUGCUUAUAUCGGGGUUUGCUGGUGUUUUCUGCCUCCUGAUCGUUGUUCUCGCUGGGAGUAUGUAUGUCCUGGAGACUACAACUGCUCUUCAAGGCGUAGCUUCGUUUGGUGUGUUAGGAUUUUUUAUAAUCCUAGUGUUGGUUCUUAAGAUAAACAGGGGCUAUAGAAAGGAUGGUAUCCUCCAUGUGUGGAGAUUGAACCCUCUAGACAAGUCCUCGGACUUUCAGUCCAGACUGGACAGUUUGAAUAGAGCUCGAGCCCACGCGGGGGUUUUGACUCACCCAAGCAGCGCUGAUCCAGGAUUUAACUCGUGA